AUGAAUCGAACAGUGCUUUGUACAGUUGAAUAUUUUACUGAGAUUGACUCAAAUGGAACCAAUGUGCAAGGAACUCUUGCCUCAGUUGGAUAUAAUCAAAAUUUCUAUCUUUAUUGGACUCCAUUAGAUGGAACUUCAACACAGAAUAUCACAGCAGUAUUUGAUUAUGAAAAAAUCAAAGAAGGAGAUAAUUGGACACUAUUUGAGCCAUUUUGCUUAGAUUGUUCAAAACUUGGAAGAUUUGAAUUUUCAGAAAAUCCUUACAGCAUCAAAAUUAAUAUCAAUAAUAACAAAUUAUUCAGAACAUUCCAAAUAACUGAAACAGAAUUGAUACCAUUAACGAUUUUAAUUGAACAAUUACUAUUAAAUGGCAUUGCAGUCCCUUCUGUGUCAUCCAGGUACUCGUUAGAGUUUUACAAAGGUGCACACUAUGGAACAUACGCAUUUAUUCCGGCUCAUAUCCAACUAAAUGACAGAUUAUUUAAAAAUCUCGAAGAAUUGUGGAAUAAUGUAUUAAAAUUCUUUGAAAAACUAAUGAUUCAUCUAGAUGCAAGCCAUGCAAUACCAUCAGACUCUGCAUUUCCUAUCAAUACCGCAGCAAGAGCAGUACAUUUGCGAGUUAUCGAAAAAAUUAACGAUUACAUCAAUAAUAUACCUGUUUACGCGGAUAUUACGAAAGAGAGCUAUGCAGAAGCCUUCGAUUCUGCAGGAAAACUUAAAAAUCCUUCAGAAUUUAAACUUCGAUUAUUCCAUAGCAACAAAGACCAAGAUUUAUUACCCGAAUUGAUUCCAUUUGCCAUGAACGUCUAUCCCCUUGAUAGUACAAAGCAAGAAAGAGAAGAAAUUUACAAAAAAUUAACCAAAGAAUUUUAUUCUUUGCAAGAACAAGUCAAAUUAAUACAGCAACCGCAAAUAGAUGGCAACAGUAAGCUAUUCUCCACAUUCAGAGUCAUAGAUCAUGAUGUUGUCCGUACUGAUCGUUUAAAUCCAGCUUUUAAGAACGAUAACAGUCCCGGAUUGUUAAUCCUUAGUGAUUUUCUUAAGAUGUAUGCCAUAUACAACCCUCCCAUUUCCUAUUUGCAGGGCAUGAACGACUUAUUUGUUCCAUUUUUUACCACAUUUAUUCCGAAAUGGGGCGAUGACGGGACACCACUCGAUAAAGAUGGGAAUACGCUUGAUUACGAACCGAUUAAGCCCAUGAUCUUCUGGUGUUACGAGUCAAUGCUCAUAAAUACUCAACAAAUUAAGUUGUUGGAGAACGUAACAGGUCAUUGCGGUCAUAUUGCUGAACAAGUUGAAGAGAUAUUGAACAAAGUAUCACCAUUGUGUUCGAUUUGGCUAAGAAGACACAACUUACAAGGUUUACUUUGGUGUUUUUCUGAUUUUGUCCUUUUGUUUAAGAGGUCAUUUGAUGACAUUUGGACAACAUGGAUGCAGUUUAACGCUUGUGAAGAACCAGACAGAUUCCUUUUGUACUUUAUCACUGCUGUUUUGAUUGCUUCUUUCGAUAGUUACUUGCUAAUGACUGACAUCACAAUGACAUCGAUGAUGGAAGCUUUUCCGAGGGUUUUGGCAACUCUUUUGCCAGUAAAUAUCGGAAAGAUAGCACUCUGGAUACAGGAAUACUACGCUGUGACAAAUAAGGAAGUCAAGAAACAAAAUUUGGAACUACCUAAUUUUGAGUUUUUCAAACCUGAUUGGAAUUAG